AUCCCUGAGUUAUCAGUCAAAACAAGUGGACAAUUAAGGAACUACGUAUAUGACGUGUCUUUCAAAUAUCGUUGUUUGUGUUUAGCUUAUUGGCAGAAUAGUUGUUGCUAUUUUAAAAUGCCACUAUUAAAUCGCCGAGACACUGUGCAACUCUUAUUAUUGCUGUUGGUUGUACCUUUCCAGUUCUGGUUGUCCCAUGAAUUCCAACAACCCCGUCCAGUACUGAAAUCAGUCAUGGAAUUCAUGGAUGGCUGCCAAAAUUUUCUUAGACUACAUACUCGAAGUUGUUGGGAAAAUGUCAUCACAUUAGCUGAAUAUGUAACAGGGUUAUCUAGGCAAGGAGACAAACUAGCUGAUGAAUCUCCAGCAAAAGAAGUCUUGGAAUUUAGAAGUCUUCAGAACAACAUGUUUGCUAGUUCAACUGUACCUCGUUAUGUAAGGUCUUCAAACAUACACUUUCGAAUAGGGGAUGUUGUUAUGCACAAAUAUAAACAGUUGAGGGGAGUCAUUGUUGGAUGGGAUUACAAAGCCCAAGCUCCCCCUGAAUAUUUAAAAGAGCUUUAUAAAACCAAAGAUGCAGAUCAGCCAAACUAUUUAAUUGCCAUUGAUACCAGAGAUCGCCUUAACCCACAAUUCACCUAUACACCAGAUGAGAAUCUAGAACUACUAACGAAUGUCCAUGUAAUUCAUCCUAAUCUAGAUGAAUAUUUUGAAUUCUAUGAUGGCAGUAGGUACAUCCCAAGGCCUUGGCUUCAAGCAAUUUAUCCGAAAGAUUAAUAUUUUACUACUUGUUAACUUGUAAAAUUCAUCAAAUUCAAAUCUUUCUGCUGUUUUGACAAACUGUGAUUUCCCUUUUGACAUAAAAUUGAAAAUGUGUUUAGCGUAAAAGGAUUUCCAUAACGGAUUAUUUACGUAAUAAGUGUCCUUUAAGAUGAAAGAAUGUUGUGCGCUCUGUAUGCAUCAACAAAGUUAAAGUUUGUUUUAUAUAUUGGCAAGUACAUGAGUAGAGAGUAAAACGCGCCAAGUAUGAUCUUCUUGACAACCUCGUCAACAGAAAAAGCUAGAUAUUCCGUAUAGUAGUUGUAAGAUAGGUAUCCAGUGUUAUACUUUGGUUGUUAAUAAAAU